CUUUUCCGGCAGAGAGGAGCCUAUCCUAGCGGCUGAGUCGCGCGGCUCGGGAGGCGGUGCCGUGGCGAGCCCAACCGGACGGGAGGAGAGGGCGAGAAGAGCAGGCGGCGUGUGCACGCCUCUUCCGCCCUGGGCCCGGAAGGGUGAUGUGGCUGGGGCAUCGCCGGCCUCACUAUGUCUGCUAUUUUCAAUUUUCAGAGUCUGUUGACUGUAAUCCUGCUGCUUAUAUGUACCUGUGCUUAUAUCCGAUCCUUGGCACCCAGCGUCCUGGACAGAAAUAAAACUGGACUGUUGGGUAUAUUUUGGAAGUGUGCCAGAAUUGGUGAACGAAAAAGUCCUUAUGUUGCAGUAUGCUGUAUAGUGAUGGCCUUCAGCAUCCUCUUCAUGCAGUAGCUUGGAAAAAUGCCAGAAUUUAAUUGCCAUCAGAUUUCAGUGUGAACAAGGACUUAUCUGCAAAAAAUAAUGGAAAGAACAGUUAACCCUUUAUCUCCAAACAUGGAAUGAGAUAAAUUUCCAGAUGCUGUUCUCUAUUUUUGUGUUAUUGGACCAAUGUUCUAUAUAAAUGAUUAAGAUGUAACCAUUUAAUACUCAGAGAAUUUAAUAGUCUGUAACAAUCAACCUCAGUACUGUCAUGAUAAUAUUAUAUUCUGCAAAUGUCAUUCUUUGUGUCAGACACCAAUUUUUAGUGAGAUAUCUCUAAGACACACAGUAGAAAAGAAAAUAGUAAAUUACUCAAGUUCCUUUCACUAUGAUUUGGAAAUGAUAAAUCUUUAUAGAAUUAGACCUUUUUGUACUAAUGUUUUUAUUGAGAAAAAAAUGAUUCAAUUUGUGUUG